AGACUGUAGAGAUUUUUCGAGGGUACUCGUUGCGUCGUUUGGCGGACAAUAUUAAACGAUAAUGAGCACUUUUCCACUCAUACGUUUCCUCGCGGUGUUGCCUGUCAUCGUGACCACGGGGCACACUGCCACUGUGUGCGUGUCUCCGGACAGCUUGCAGCUCCACACUUACGAGUACAUCAGCAUCUCCUGCCCUUCCGAGUGGACGGUUUUCAGGCAGACCCGCUUCAAGCCCACCCCUGAGAAGUGUGGGGGGUCCUGGGGCAGUCAUAAGGGCAUGAACUGCAAGGUGGAUCCAACGUUGAUAUCUGACACAGGGCUCUACUGGUGUCAGAACCAACACAACCAAACCAAGCGUAGUUCUGCAGCCAAUAUCACCAUCAGCAAAGAGAAGUUGAUCCUGGAGAGUCCACUGUUCCCGGUGAAAGAGGGACAGCAGGUCACUCUGAGAUGUUCCUUUAAAAACAGCAAAUUUGAUGAUCCCACCUCAAACUUCAAUGCCUCCUUCUUCUUAAACGGUUCCUUUUUGGGAUGGUUUCCUGGAGGUCAGAUGGUGCUUUCCUCUGUGACCCAGAAUCAGCAUCAGGGUCUGUAUCACUGUAUGCACCCAAACCAGAACCAGUCCCUGCAGAGUCUCCUCAUUGUAGAGCCGAACGAUGCUCCGUCCUCCUCGGUUCCGUCCUCCUCGGUUCAGCCCACCUCUCCUCCUUGGCCAAAGGAAAUCCCUCUGUUCAGAUUGUUGUGUUUCCUGGCGCUGGUCGUCCUCUACACCUUCAUCCUCGGCAUCAGCAUCUCCAUUUACUGCAAGUGGACUCGAGCACGAGCCGAACAAAAGCAGCAGGAAUCUGAGCGGGUUUCCCUCCAAAGAAUCAGAGACGCCUAAGCACCAGCAGGGGGCGCACGGAAAGAAUCAAGGCUAAAAUCAAUAUCCGCCUGCAGUUUGAGCUCUUAAAGAUGCAGUGUUGAACUCUUCUGGUGGGGUUGGCCAUAUGCUGGUCUCCAUGGAAUGUUUCACAGUGUGGCAUUAUAGCUCUUUGUCCUAUUUGUUCAAUUACAGGUGUUUUUAAUACUUCAGAAAUACAUGAAUAAACAGGCCUUCUUUCUGUGAGUGGGUUGCCACUUCACAGAUCUGACCUGUAAUUGGCACAGUGGUGUCGCCUGUUUGCCUUUAAGGAGAUACAAAAGCUUAAUACUAUACUGUUCAACAAUCUCAAAGU